AUGCCUCGCACGUUCGAUGAAGAAUGCAGCUAUAUCGAACGUGUUUCCGAGGUGCAAUUCCGCAUCAAGAAAGGCUUUGUGCCGAACAUGAACGUCGAAGGACGCUUUUAUGUGAACAAAGCAUUAGAGAAGUUGAUGUUCGACGAGUUGAGAAAUGCAUGUCGAUCGGACGGAAUUGGUGGAUUUUUACCAGCGGUUAGACAGGUCGGCAAUGUGGCUGCGUUACCAGCGAUUGUCUCGGCUUCUAUUGGACUGCCGGACAUUCAUUCAGGAUAUGGGUUCGCGAUCGGCAAUAUUGCGGCUUUUGAUGUUUCUGAGCCGUCUGCAGUCGUUUCUCCAGGUGGUGUUGGUUUUGAUAUAAAUUGUGGUGUUCGACUGAUACGUACUAGUCUUUCUGAAGGCGAUGUUCAGCCGGUUAAGGAGCAACUAGCGCAGUCAUUAUUUGAUCAUAUCCCGGUGGGAGUCGGCUCGAAAGGUAUUAUUCCAAUCGGUGCACAACAAUUCGAAGAGUGUCUUGAAAUGGGUAUGGACUGGACGUUACGUGAGGGUUAUUCAUGGGCCGAAGACAAAGAGCAUUGUGAGGAAUAUGGUCGCAUGUUGCAAGCAGAUUCCACAAAGGUCUCACCACGUGCCAAAAAACGUGGUCUACCUCAGUUGGGAACAUUAGGAGCUGGUAAUCAUUAUGGUGAAGUGCAAGUGGUCGACGAAAUUUUUGAUAAGUACGCGGCGAGCAAAAUGGGUAUCGAUCGUGUGGGGCAAGUUUGUGUGAUGAUACACUGCGGUAGUCGAGGUCUAGGUCAUCAAGUUGCAACAGAUUCUUUGGUGGCAAUGGAGAAGGCAAUGAAAAGAGACGCGAUCAACGUGAAUGAUCGUCAACUUGCCUGUGCACGUAUCAAUUCUGUUGAAGGUCAAGAUUAUUUAAAAGGCAUGGCUGCAGCUGCCAAUUUUGCAUGGGUGAAUCGAUCGUGUAUGACAUUUUGUGCGCGUCAGGCAUUUGCGAAAGUGUUUUCGAUGUCACCAGAUGAUUUGGAUAUGCAUGUGAUAUAUGAUGUAAGUCAUAAUAUAGCAAAAAUGGAAGAGCAUUUAAUAGACGACCGACCGAAACUGUUAUGUGUGCAUCGCAAAGGAUCUACAAGGGCAUUCCCACCUCAUCAUCCGCUGAUUCCAGUUGACUAUCAGUUGACAGGUCAACCAGUACUGAUUGGUGGUACUAUGGGAACAUGCAGUUAUGUUUUAACGGGAACACAACAAGGCAUGAAGGAAACAUUCGCGACGACAUGCCACGGAGCCGGAAGAGCAUUAUCCCGAGCGAAAUCUAGGCGUAACAUCGAUUUUCAAGAAGUACUAGAUCGUAUGAAAGCAAAAGGCAUUUCUGUGCGGGUUGCCUCGCCCAAACUAGUUAUGGAAGAGGCGAGUUACCGUCAUGAAUUUCAAAGAAAUGCACCUGAAUCGUACAAAGAUGUAACUGAUGUGGUGAAUACAUGUCAUGAAGCUGGUAUCAGUAGAAAAGCGGUCAAAUUACGUCCUAUUGCUGUGAUUAAAGGCUAA